AUGGUAUAUACUGAAGAGAGGCUCAAGCAUGCUCUCGAGGUCUUUCGUGAAUCCAAGCCUUACCGCGAGCGGCGAGGCCUUUCCAGCAACCACCUCGAGAGCCAUAUCGAGAGUAAAUGUAGGCAGCAUCGCACUCGGAGUGGCAAUGUGUCUUUUGCAUAUAGGACAACAGUCGGAGGGACAUGGAACGAUAAGGACGAAAGUGAUGAUUAUUGUCCGGGAAAGAGGAAGAGAGUCGCAAAAUCCCAGAAAGCGGCACAUAAGCCGGCGAAAAGAAAGCGGUGUGAUGCGGGUGAACGGCGAAACUGUAGGGAUUCUAAGCGCCACAAGAUAUCGUAUACGUCUGGAAGGCAGAAUGGAUUGAGUCUCAAGGUGAGUAUCAAGUUCGAGUCUGAUGCCGCCAGAGCCAGGGUCGCCGAACUGUUUCCAACGUUGGUCCACGAUGCUGAACAGAGUAACAACGUGCAUCAUAUCAACGACUACGACAGAGAAGCCGACGGUAAACACCCCGUCUGUCCUCACUCAAGCGCUUCCUCUCUUUCUUCCCACGAGUUUAUUGCUCAGCCUCUGGAACAGCGCAAAGCGGAGCUUCAAUUUGCAGGAUCCAAAAAAAGUCUCGGUUUACAUGAACCGAGUCAACAGCACUUGCCAAGGGCUUGCGAGUCAGAUCCUAUUAUCAUCAUCGACGACAGUGAUGAUCCUACUGAUUAUGGAGACACCCUCAGUGGAACCAAGUUUUCCGAGCUUGCUGGUCAAACGAAGAUUAUCAAGACUAACUGGGCCCAUCCAAUCGAUUAUCGCUCCAAGCCAGAGGUCUGUGAUUUCUGUCAAGACUUCAGAUAUCCACUUUUUGGAUGUGGUGCGGUCAACGUUGAAGUCAUCCAGCUGGAGCCAGGGGUCUACGAAGAGAUGGGCGGCGGGCACAGGGAAAGGGGCAUAGCACCCACCAAGAUCUGUCUGAAUUGCUCUUUGGAGAGAAUCACUAUUGCGAAAUGCCCUGGACAUAAGAUAUUGCCUGUUGCUGGGUACCACGAGGAAGAAUUCGACCACCCGUCCUUCCUGAGCCAAAUCACUUCUUCACCAUAUCCCGAGCAUCCUACCUGCUCUGUUUGCAUCAAACCUGCCUUCUAUGCAUGUGGCGCUACGCAGAAGGAGGACCCUUUCGGUCUUCCAGUCACAGGAGAAGAUGCCAAUGGUUGUGGUCUCCUCCUUUGCAAAGACUGUGCUGGCGUGGUUGCGAACUUUGGUUUAGAUAUGGAGUAUCUAGAAGGAUUCUGCGAGAGCAGCAAAAUACUGAGGGCGGACCGUGAAUUCUUGCUGCCUGGAAGCGAUCUGUGGCUGGCAGAAACGCAAGUAUGUCUCAUCAUGGUGGGCUUGCCCGCCAGAGGUAAGAGCCUCAUAGCUGGAAAAGUACCGAAGGAAGGAGAAUGCUCAACCAGACGCGAGCUUCUUCGAACCGCAGCCGUAACAGACCUUCUGAAAUGGUUCAAAGCAGACACAAAUAACACGGUGGCCAUCCUUGAUGCGACCAACUCAACAAGAGACCGACGCAAAUGGGUGCACGAGCGCAUCACGGCAGCCGGUAUUGAUGCUAUCUUCGUGGAAUCCAAAUGCGACGAUGAAAAGCUGAUCAUGAGUAAUAUCCUGGAAGUGAAGACCACUUCGCCCGAUUAUAAGGGCCAGGAUCCUGAAGCAGCGGCAAGAGACUUCCGCAAGCGAAUUGCGAAUUAUGAAAAGGUCUAUGAGACCAUUGACGAAUCCGAAAAAGGUUAUGCUUAUGUGAAGCUCAUCAACGUGGGCCACCAAGUCAUCAUCAACCUCAUCCAAGACUACCUUUCGAGUCGCCUUGUGUACUAUCUUAUCAACCUUCACAUUAAACCACGGCACAUCUGGCUAUCACGACAUGGAGAAUCUGAAUACAACCUGCAAGGCAAGAUCGGGGGUGAUGCGAAUCUAUCACCGCGGGGCGAGCUAUACGCACAAGCUCUUCCAGGCAUUGUUCGACGGUCGGGGGUACCGCAGGACACGAGGCUCGUCAUAUGGACAUCUACACUCAAAAGAACGAUCCAGACGGCGCGAUAUCUGCAAGCCGAGACCAAGUGGGAUCAGCUCGAGUGGAAAGCUCUUGAUGAGCUAGACUCGGGUGUCUGCGAUGGGAUGACGUAUGGUGAAAUCGAGAAAACGUACCCUGAUGAUUUUGCGGCGCGAGAUCAAGACAAAUACAAUUACCGAUACCGCGGUGGAGAGUCGUAUCGCGAUGUAGUCAUUCGACUGGAGCCGAUCAUUAUGGAGUUGGAGAGAAGCGACAACAUCAUCAUCGUCACGCACCAAGCCAUUAUUCGGUGCAUAUAUGCAUAUUUCAUGGAUUCCAGCUCCGAUCAGUCGCCAUGGAUGGAAGUCCCACUUCACACGCUGAUGAAACUCACACCUAAGGCUUACGGAACGAAAGAAGAGCGGUUCAAGGCAGAUAUCCCGGCAGUGUCGACGUGGCGUGGGAAGGGAAGUGCGGCAAAACAUCACGACUCCAUCUCCGACCCCAAUGGACCGCCAACCAUCAUUAUGGGGUCUCCAGAGAACUGA